CGCGUUUUCCAUUGCCCCUUUAAAUCACUUCUUCUUCCCUCCGGUUUGGAUCUUACGAAAUCUCCCAUUCCCUUUUCCUCCGAUUCCAAUCGCCGAUCCUCUCUUUCUUUCUCCGCUUCUUCAAUCUGCAUCUGCAACCUCGAGCUUCUGUAUCCUUUCGCGGUUCUCUUGUUUCUUCCCCUUCAACGACAAUGGGGAAGCAAACCAAAUCCAGAAGAUCUGAGAGCGCUAGCAAGGGGACUGCCAACGUUACCCCUAUGCAGGUCGCCUUCAUUGUUGAUAGAUAUCUCUCCGACAACAAUUACGCCGAAUCGCGCUCUGUUUUUAGAGUAGAAGCUUCAUCACUCAUUGCAAACUCUCCGAUCCAAGAGGCUCCGAAGAGCUUGCUGAGCUUGGAGGCUAUGUUGGAUGAAUACAUCUGUUUGAAAGAACAAAGAGUGAUUCUGGAUCAAGAAAGAAACUAUCUAGAACAAGAGAAGAUUCGCGUUCACACUCUUCUACAGGGUAUGCAGACUGUCAUGAGUGCUUAUAAUGUCAGUGGAAGGUCCUCAGCGCCGUCGAUUUCAGCUGCUCCAGAUAAAGUUGCAGCUCUUAGUCAAUCUGGUCCUUCUGAAUCUCCUACAGGUAUCCCCGUAAGCAUCAAACAACCUGUUCGUUCAGAGGUCACACCUCAGAAUACAAAUGGCGGGCCUCAGAGUUUCACAACUCCCGUUAUUACUGGCAUAGAAGCAAGUAAAAGAAAGAGCUCCAAGACUUCCACUGCUGUUCCUCCAGCUGCUAAGAGAUCUCGAAAUAAAUUAUCUUCCAGGAAAUCAGCAAACAAAGAUACUGAUGCACUUUCCCAAUCAAUUGAAGCUGCCAAUGUUCAAUCAAGGAUUCAACAUUCUAACGAAAUUCAGUCAUCAUCUCCUAGCUGCCCUCCCAAUGAAUCUGUAGUUCAAGGAUCAAGUGUUGUAAAAUGUUUGUUCAACCAGCCUUCAUUCUCUAUUCCAACUAACUCUUCUGGUCCGAAGACUCCUCCUCGUGCAAAUUCCUGUCAAAGUGACAAGUCUACAUCUCCACAUGAGAUUUCUUCUGCUGCUGAUUGCAGUAACAACAAUACUCCACAAGACGUUAGUCCUACUUGUUGCACUGUAAUUUCAUCAAAAAGGGUUACAAUCAGUCCUUACAAGCAAGUAGCUUACUAUUCUGUGGAGAGGAACCAUAGCAUUUUAUCUCCCUCCCCUGUCAAGACAAACGCUAAAAGGCUUGGUAAGAGAGAUCACGUGAAGGGACGGCUAGACUUUGAUGUUUCAGAUGUACCCAUGAGUUCUGACAAGGGGAUUGAAAAUGAAAUCUAUGUAACCGAAUCAGAAAAGCAGCUAGACAUUUUUGACAUAGAUUUGCCUUGUCUAGAUGUUUUUGGAGAAGAUUUCUCUUUCAAUGAAAUGUUGGCUGAUUGGGAUAUGGAUUGUGAAGUAACUGGUUGUUCAUCCGUCCCAACCUUGGGUGCUUCAACAGACACUCUUUCUGGUUCUCAUGAAUCAAUGGACUGUUACGUGGAGACUAAUCAGAUGAUGUCAGAAUAUUCAUCUACGGUGACACAGAUUUUAUCUGGAAAAGAGACAAACACAGAAGGCAUAGAUUCAUUAACUGCUGUGAAGUCCACAACAAAAUGCAUAAGAAUUUUAAGCCCAGCCAAAAAAUUAUAGCUACCCAAGUUUGUGAUCAAGAUAAUUAUGCUGUUUCUUCAAGAAACUGAAGCUGACAAGAAACUUACUCUUAACCCAAGGAAAUAAUCAUAUUUUCAGUUCAACAACAAGUUGUUUGGUAAGUUUAAAUUACCCUUCAUCUGUAGCCAUUCAAGUCAAAA